AUGGAUAUGAAACGACUUUUUGGUGCGGGGGUGCUACUGUUUGUGUUUACAUAUCGCCCAACAAAUUGUAGAAGUCUGGAAAGCAAGUUCCAUAAUGACGACGUAACCGAUACCCGAUACAGGCAGUUGGCAUUAGAAGGACGCUUCAUGGGCCUAAUGCGUAUCUUCAAGUCAGAGCUGGAUUAUGACUACAUAGUGCUCUUGGAUAAUUACUGUGCAUCCAGUCCAGAGAUAAUAAAUGGAAUAACUAUAGAACCACAUAUGAUCAUCUCGCACGACUUUAGCACUCGAAACUGGGAUCAGAGCCGUCAUAAGAAAGGUCUAUUGAUGCGAUGUGGCUGGCGGAAUUGUCAGAAUGUAAGUACGCAUCUACUAGACACAUAUGCCCCAUUUGUGAAUGGUCAAGUGUUAUGGAUGGAUAGUACUGGAGAAAUCGACGAUUUCUGCAAAUGCCUUAAGCGCGAACUCGGUAACAAAUUUUUACUUUUGGACUGGAGCUCUGAGAAUUCGGAACAAUUUUACACGUGUCACUCGCACACCAGAAGAAAGGCGAACGUUUCCGAUUUUGUUGAGUUAUUGCGGCAACGCGAUGUGGAUAUAAAGGGGUUGCGGAUUAUCACUGAAUCCGAUCAACUGCCACCCCGCAGUAUUUUAUACUACGACACAGACGGCAAUUUGCAACUAGAAGGCUUCGUGGCCAAUUGCAUCACUUCUUUUGCCGAGAGAUAUGAUGCCACAUUGGUUAUACAGCCCCCACUUGAGGUGGGCAGGGCAGUGUUUUAUGAAGUGUUGUUGAAUAAAACCGCAAGGGGUCUUCUUGAUAUGCCUGCCAUUGUUACGCCCUACAAAAAUAAAGGACUUUCUGCGAUCCAGUACUCCUAUCCGUUGGAGCAAAUGGAUUUGUGCUAUAUGAUACCUCUGCCUCGCCGUAUGAAGGGCAACCGGAUAUUUACCUAUAUCAUAGAUUGGCGAGUAAUGAUUGUCAUAGCAGGGCUCGCUAUUGUGUACGGAAUAUUGUUCGACGCUGUGGCAUGUGCACCCAUUAAACUUAACGUAUCUUUUUCGAAUGUUGUGGUAAAUGAUAAAGGCAUACGCGUGCUACUAGGCCAGUCGUUCGUAAUGCCCAAGAAUCCACGGCCCUUGUUGCAAUAUAUAUGUUUUCUACUGUGCUACACCAGUCUGAUUAUAUCCACCACUUAUCAGGCCUACCUGCAGUCGAAUCGUAUACAUCCUGCAUUGGAAAAACGCGUAGAAUCGUACGAGGAUAUGAAAGAAGCUGGCCUACGAAUUGCCCUAACUUCACAAGAAUCUGAGUUCCUGGAUCCUUCAAUAUAUGCCAUGCACAAAGACCUAUUCACACCUAUAGAACCAUAUGAUCGCUUUUUGAAAUUAAGGGAGAGCAUGGACACACGAUUCGUUUAUCCCGUUUCCAACACAAGAUGGGAAGUUUUCAACGAACAGCAGGAUCUGUUCCAAAGACCCUUAUUCUAUUAUUCCUCCAAAUUGUGUCUCCGUAAGCAGGCCUUGUUAGCGGUGCCCUUAGGUCCAAAUCUGCCGUAUAAAUCUCUUUUCGACCAGCAUUUGUUGCAUUUGCGUGAAACUGGUCUGCUGCAAUACUGGAUAAGUGUCAACUUCUACACCAUGGUUCGACUGAAUAUAACCGCAUUUCGUGAUCUGAGUACACCCGAAGAAAUUGCCGACGCGAUCGAGCUUAACGACUUGAAGUGGAUUUGGUUACUCUACGGCGUCACCCUAUUUGUCGCAUUUUCCGUUCUCAUGUGUGAACUGGUCCAUUUCCAUAAACUCAGUAAGCGUCCGUAG